AUGAAAUUAACAGAUUCGACGGAAGCAAGGUCGAUGAAAUGUUUAUUGACAAUAACCUCUUACUCUAACAACUCGAAGAAGACUUCGCUAACUUCCCUGGAAACUCUUUCUCAAAUUGAGAGAGAUGAUUCUUACUAACUUAAUAACAUAACCAACCUAUCAAUCAUCAAUCAACCAAAACUCUAAUACAUUAUUUAACUAAAUGCAUUAACAAAUUUCUAACUCAAUAAAAAAACUAUCUCAAUCAAUAACAAUCAAUCAACUUCCAUUAACUUAUACUAUAUAUAUAAAUUAAUCUCUCAAUUUCUUAAUCAUCUUUUCUUAAUAAAUGUACAAAUUAAUAUACUGCGUAUUCUCAUUAACUAACUAACUAAGAAACUAAUUCAAUUAAUAAAUCAAUCAAUCAAUCAAUCAAACAAAUAAACUUUCCUGAAUUUCAUCAAAUUUUGGCUGUCUGUCUAUUAAACUGCAUUAAGACAAUAACAAACAAAUUAUAGUAAAAAAACUUCAAAUUUUUAUCAAUUUAUAGUAAUUAAUCUAGCUUUAUUUAUUAUCACAAAACUAAGAAAAUUGCUUGCUUUUACUUUCUAAUGCAUACGAAAUGAGCGGUUUUCAUUCUAUUUAUACUUUUCCUAAAAGUCUUUACUUUUUGGGAUCUACAACCUGUAAUGA